GCGGCUGAUCCAUGUGCGCAUAUAUCUGGAUUAUUGGAUGGAAAUAUCACCAUUAACAAUGCAACUUUCCAAGAAGCAAUAGCAUUUGAAAUUCGAGGACAUAAAGCGAAAGAAGCGCAAUUAGAAAAGAAAUUAAGCUUGGAGAAGAUAUGCAAAGCUAAUAAGGUAGACCUGAUGGUGGUUUUGGAUUCAAGUGGUUCAGUUUUUAAUGCAUUCGAAGGUGAACGCAGAUUAGUACAUGACCUAAUUAAUUCAUUGGCAGCAAAGGCAAUAGAAGAUGGACGAAUUCAGGUAUCUGUGGUGCGUUUUGCAUCUUCAGCUGAAAUAGUAAUUCCUUCUAAGAUUAAUCAAACUCCUAAUGAAAUUAUUGGAGCAUUGGAUAAAAUUAAAUUUACCGGUGGCGGUACAAGAAUAGCAAGCGCUAUUGAUUUGACUCUGGCAGAUUUAUCACGUUGGCGAAGGAGCGAUGCAAUUCAAAUAUUAAUUUUAAUAUCGGAUGGAAAUGGACAAGAGCUUUGGCAUGUAGUGCAAACUGCUGGCAAAAAACUACAAAAUGCAAAUGUCGAAGUCUUUGCUGUGCCAAUUAGUCGAGAUUAUAACUUAAACGAGCUAACACUCUAUACAGGUGAUGUGAAACGAAUCUAUCUUGGAGCAGAACAAAAUCAAUUUGUUAGCAUUAUUUCGUUUCUAAUUAAUGAAUGUGUACGAGCAACAAACUUAUCGCAACCAUACGUAACAAUCGUCACUAAGCCAAAAUCAAAUGUUCCCCAAAGUGAUUCUAUAAGUAGUGUGAAAACGAAAGCACAAAUACUUCGAGAGCAUAAGGAAGAAGCAUCAGAGAAGCUGCUAGCAGAGAUUGAAUCAUUCAGCAAAGCCAAUUUAAAUUUGACAACUUUUGCAAAUUCAUUGGAUGAUUUGAAUUCUCCAAUUGAUAUGAUCAGUAUGUCUAAAGCAAGGGGUAUUGGAUUGCUAGCAAAUAGUGAAGGGAGUGCAAAACUGGAGAGAAACCUGGAAAAGGAAUUAAUCAAAAAUAAACCUAUCGAAAAAGAAAGUGAGGAGAACAUUACAGUCAAGAUCUCUCCACAAGAUGGUUAUUUUGAUCUUCUUUUUGCUAUCAAUCUCUCGCCAGAUUCGUCCACUGAUUUGAAAAAUCAAUUAAAAUUAAUGACAGAAUUGAUUAAUAAAGUAACCGAUGAAGAUAUUAAUGAAGAACGAAUCCGAAUAGCUGUUGUAACAUUCACUGAAGAAGCACGAUUACAUUUAGAAUGGGGAAAUGCAACAACUAAAACGCAAAUUUUACAACACUUCGAAUCCAUCAAAUAUACAGUCGGUAAUCCUUCUACAGUAACUGGAAUCACAUUUGCAACUCAGUAUGCUCGGAAAUUUCGACGCUCAAAUGCUCGACUCAUAAUUAUUCUGGCUUCUAAUGGUAAUACUCAAGAUUUAUGGCAUUCUAUCAUGCAAGCUGCCAAAAAAUUAUAUGAAUUGCAAGAAACAAUUACUUAUGCAUUAACAACUAGUAAACAGUAUGCAUUUAACGUGCUGGAAGCUUUCACGAAAGACAAAUGGAAGAUUUACGUGGAUGGACGUACUAGACGCUUCGUUACUGAUGCAAGUAAGGAAUUCUUGAAGAAAGUGGCUAAUGAAAAUGGUACAUUUGUUGAUAUCAUUUCUUCUCCAAUCAUUAAAUCAAUUCAGAAUCACAACGAUUUCGUUGAUCUUAUCAUCUUGAUGGAUAAAUCAACAGCAGCUGAUGAUGAUUUUGAAGCUUCGAAAAGAUUUCUGGAAGAGUUAAUUCGAAACAUUGAUUUCAAAGCACGAAUCCGAAUAUCGCUUAUAACAUUCACCGAUAAUGCUCACAUUGAAAUCGAACUGAGAAAGCCAAUAACAAAAGAAAAUGUACUGUAUACUUUGGAAAAACUGCAAAAUGAAUACAGUAAUGCAUCUGUAUCCGAAGCGGUAAAUGUUGCAUUGCAACAAAUAAACGUUCCUGGUGAACAUUCACGGAAACAUAUUUUUGUAAUUCUCACGGAUGGUAGUACCCAAGAUUCCAUGCAAACUGCUUCUAUUACUGCUGCUAAACUUCAACAAACGAACGCAGAAAUAUAUAUCAUUCCGAUCACCAACAAAUAUUUGAUGGAUGAACUUUUGUUAUAUGCUGGUAAUUCGAGCAAAUUAAUAACCAAUGUCAAAAAUUACAAAAAGAAAAUCGCAAAUUACAUACUUUUGGAUGAUAGCAGUUCAGUGAACAAGGAUUUUAUAAAAGUAGGAAAAAUAAAUCAACCUUCUGAUGAAAAAGUUACGACACCUUUGAAUGCAUCUCUGAAUCAACCUCAAGCAACAAGCAAACCUGAUUUGACGGUGAAAUCAACUGAGGUAAAUGAAACACGCCAUGCAUUCGUUAACUUCAAUCAUCCUCCUACAGCGAUCAACUCCGAGGCUGAAAAAGAAGAUCCAAACUGUCUGAUCGAUCUUAUAUUUAUUAUGGAUACAUCGCAAAGCGUUGAAAAAGCCUUCCAGAAACAAUUGGAAUUUGCUACUGCACUGUUAAAACGAAUUCCAUCAUCAGCUUUCAAUCGUCGCAUUCGAGUUGCUGCUAUAUCAUUCAGUUCACAUGCUGAGAUCAAUUUUCGAUUUGAUGAAUUUAAUAGACGAAUAGAGAUAAUAAACGCUUUACUUUCUCUCCCACAUUCUGGCGGAGGUACAUCUUCAAUAAGUGGUAUUAAUUUGGCUAUCAAAGAGAUUCAGGAAAGAGGAAGAGAAGGUGUCAGACGAAUGAUUGUACUCAUAUCGGAUGGUCACAGUCAGGAUCGUUGGGAGGAUCUUUUAGAUGCUGCUGAUCGUCUUCGUGCUACUAAUGCUAUUGUUUAUGCAAUUACUGCUAAUCACGAUUACUAUUUCAGGGAAUUGGAAUUAUACACGGGAAGUAAAUGGCUGGUAUAUGUGGAUGCUCGAGAAAAGCGAUUCUUGGACGAUGCUACAUUAUCAUUGCUUAAAUGUCAAAACCCAUCUGUGCCAAUUUCGUCAUUACCUCUAGAAAUAGGACAUGUAUUAUCAAAUGACGUGAACAAAAAAUUGAUCGAAGAAAAAGAAUUGAUAAGACGAAAAUCUUCAAUAGAAUCAAUAAGUGCACACUCUUGCAAAGAUGACUAUGUCGACUUAUUAUUUAUCAUCGAUACUUCAACUACAAAUGAAACUUACUUCAAUAGUCAAAAGGCUUUUGUAAUGGAUCUGAUUAAAAUGAUCCCGUUAGAAGAUUUUUUGGAUCGAUUGACAGUAGCAGUGAUAAAGUUCAAUAUUAUGGGGGGAAAAGUGCAUUUCGGAUUUAAAAUAAAGCAAACACCAGAGGAUAUACUGUAUAAGCUGGAACGGUUAGAACAAACUGGAGGUGGAACUUCAUCAUUAGCUGCAGCUGUAGAAACAGCAUUGCUAGAGAUAGCUUCAAGUCGACGAUCUUCAGCUCGAUUGGUUAUCGUUAUUUUUUCCAACGGUAACAAUCAAGAUAGACAACAAGUUGCUCAGAAAGCAGCUUUGAAAUUGCGCGAAACAGGUGGAGAAAUUUAUGCGAUGACCCGCUUCAAGGUAGAUGAGGUGAUGGAAUACACGGGAAAUGCAGCACAUGUAUACGUUGGUGAUAGAGUGAAUAAUUUCACUGAGGAUAUUAGUAAUGUGAUUUUGAAUUGUGAAAGGGCAGCAGUAAAGCAUGCAUUAGUAGAAGGAGUAAAUAGCAAUUCAUUGAAAAAAAGGAUUCUUAUAGAUGAAGCCAAUCAAAGAAAUAGCAGUAAUGAGAUGAAAGAGAAUCAUUUUGAUGAAAGAGAAGGAUUGAUUACCCUAAAUAAUUUUAAUAAUAACACUUUAGCUAUAAGUGAGAAAUCUAUGGAAGAAACACGUAUCGCAAAAUCACUGGAAUCAAAAAAAUGCAAAUAUUCGAAGAUGGAUUUAGAAAUAAUUUUGGAUGCAUCAACCAGUCGUCAGCAAGUUUUCGAGCAUCAACGUGAAUUAGCUCUCUCACUUAUUGAGCGCUUACCAAUUGAUGCUGAUGAAACACACGUUGCAGUGGGUAUAAAUUCAUUCACCUCCGUACCAACAUUACGACAGACACUUGGUUUAGGUAGAGAUAAACAGAUGGUGCGCCAUGCUAUUGAGGAUAUCAAAUAUAACGGUGGAAGUACGUUUACUGCGCAAGCGAUCGAAUUAUCGGUGCAGGAUUUGGAACGUGGAAGAAGACCGGAUGCUAUACAAGUUGUUGUGUUGAUGAAUGAUGGAAUGUCGCAGGAUCCAUGGGAGAAGGUACUUGAAGCAAGCCAACUUCUCAGAGCUACCGGUGCAGAAUUAUUUGGUGUAGCUCUGGGAGAGAAUAUUGAUUUGCGUGAAUUAAAACAUUACAUUGGUAGUACAGAUCGUAUUUACAGAGAUAAUUCCACCGAAAGAUUCCUAAUGGAUGUAGUCUCAUUGCUUACUGGUGGACAGGAUUGUAGCAUACCAACUGCUGUUGUAAAUUUGGAAAAUACAAAAAUAUCAUCCAGUAAUUUUGAUGAUCAAAUCUGUAGCACUCUUAAUUUGGAUAUCAUUAUUUUCUUUGAUAAUGCUAUUAAAAAAGCUAAUCUAAGUGAACAAUCCAUCUCAUCCAAUCGUUAUCUCUUAUUAGAUGUACUCGGUUCAAUACCAAUAACAGAACAUAGCGAUCGAGUGAAAAUCACUGUGAUAGCAUUCAACAAUCAACCGGAAUUGGUUGUUAAUAUGAAAGAUUUGAAGGAUAGGGAUAGUAUCUUCACAAAAGUUGAAUCAAUCACGCCUAAAAUUAGCAAAUCAUCCUAUGCUAAGGCUAUCAAUUUCGCUAUUCGAGAGUACAAUAAAAGAUACACAAAGGAUGUACGUGGUAUAUUUGUUAUUGUGGGUGAUGGACUAUCGGAUGAUAGCGAAAAGGAACGUAACAAUGCUAUCGAGAAUUUACGUACCACAAGAAAUCUUAGCAAAUAUGCAGUGGAUAGUGGUAAAUCGAUGGAUGUGGACAUAUUAUCGAGAUAUACAGGCUCAACAGAUAAUAUUUUUAAUUAUGAUCGCAAUGCUGAAUUCGCCAGAGUUAUACUUAAUGCUGCUGAGGCUGUUGAUAAAGCGCGAUGUAUUCGGAUGUCACCACGUUCUAUUCAAUUUUCUACAGUUACCACUACCACUACUAUUACUACUGCUAUUCCUACUCCUACUACUAGUACUACCACUAGUGCUACUGUUACUACUACUAAUACUACUACUAUUCGUAGUAGUUCUCGACGUAGCAAGCAGAAUGAACAACGAAAAAAAGACAUUGCUAGUAAAUUGGAGAGCAAUUCGCAACAGUUCGAGGAUGAAAAGGUUAUCAUGAAGAAAAAAACGAUUACUACCACUCAUAUUCCACGGCCAACAAAAAAAUCUGUAAAUAGAAAGGUGAAUGCAAAAGAACAGUCCGUUCGAGCAAUAAAUAAAAUGAUGAGAAAGAAUGAAACAUUAUCAAAUGGGAAAAAUAGGAAGGAAAAACAGCUAAAAGAAAUAUCAAAAAGUUCUAAACUACGAACUACUCAAACAACUCCAACUUUCAGUUCUCGUCGUCAACUUAAAAAUACCACUCUUGCACCACGUACCACCACUAUUUUCACACCUGGUUGUAAAAUUGAUGCAAUUAUGCUCAUCGAUUCAUCCGGAUCUGUGGAGAAGGCAUUCAAUCGUGAGAAGGAACUUGCUGCCGAAAUAAUAAAUCGACUUCGAAUAGGUCCAGAAAAUGCACGUGUAGCAAUUAUUAAAUUUGCAGCAAAAGAAAAAGUAAAAACAGUCUGGUCAUUUGAUAAGCCGCAAGAGAAAGAAAAAGUAUUGCAAGCACUUCAGGAGAUUCGUUUUAGCAGUGGAAUUACAGCUACACAUGCUGCACUCUUACAGGCAAUAAAGGAAUAUUCAUCAGAGAAUGGUGCAAGACCACAACAAGCAACACCUUUUGUGAUUAUAUUUACCGAUGGUUUCGGACAAAAAGAUAUUACGCAAGCAACUACUUCAUUAAGGAAUCUAAUACCUAAUAUAUUUGCUGUUGCUGUUAGCAGCCAGCAUCCAGUCAGUGAAGAAGAACUAAUAAAAAUCGCUGGUUCGAAGGAUCGAGUAUUUAUGGAUAAUGAUACUGAGAAAUUAUUUCGAAUGCUAGAAAAAAUCCUUAGGACAUGUUAA